AUGAAACGACAUAUAAGCACCAUACUUGAUCGACCACCAUCACCAAACGCUAUUGGUAUUGAUGCUCGCUCUAUCAAUGAACAAGUUCUUACGGAGACUGGAAUUGGUCAUCAAAAUAGUCGAAAUUUGAAUGAAAAAUCGGGGAAAGAUGACAUUAGUAGCAUAUCUUCCACUGAAAACUUCCAUGCUCUGACGUGUUCGAUUCCUGUUCAACCGUUGGAGUCUACUUAUCGACCAUCACGAGAUAAAGAUCAUGAAAAUUAUCCUCAUUAUACUAAUAAAAGACAAAUGGUAAUUCACUGA